AUACAGAAUCCUCGACAAUUGCGCUUCUCCAGCUGAAACUGCAAGAGCUGGUUUACUCUUAGCAAACAGACCCGAAGAGGAUGAAUAUGACUCAUUGUGUCCGUCCCCAAUCACUGCUGUUAUCACAUCUAAUUCUUUAAAUAUCGCCAGAGCAAUUGGAGGCUUCGGUAUUCCUCUGGUCCCAAAAGGAGUGUGUUCUGAGAGCUGCCCCCCAGGCACAAGAAGAGCAGCCAGGAAAGGCCAGCCCAUCUGCUGCUUCGAUUGCAUUCCUUGUGCUGAUGGUACCAUAGCAAACACUACAGGCGGACGGCGAUCUGGCUUGCCGGAUACUGGGAGAAUAUACAAUGUCAGGUUUAUUCAAAGACGGUGACUUGGUGCUCGGUGGUGUUUUCCCUGUCUUUGGCACUCUGGAGGAGAGCCAUACCUUGUUUGAUACAGAACCACCAAAAAGAAAGUGUGUUGGGUUUGAUCCUCGUGUGUUUCGAUGGGUGCAGAUGAUGGUCUUUGCCAUAGAGGAAAUCAACACGGACAGCAGUUUACUGCCAAACAUCACACUUGGAUACAAAAUCCUGGACAAUUGCGAUUCUCCGGCUGAAACUGUGAGAGCGGGUCUAACCUUAGCCAACGGACCAGAAAGGAUUAACUCAUCAUGUCCCUCCCCAAGCACUGCUGUUAUCACAUCUCACUCUUUACACAUCGCCAGAGCAAUCGGUACCUUCGGUAUUCCUUUGGUAAAGCUUAAUGCGAUUUUUAAAAUUCAUUAUUACAGCCAUACCGUUUAGAAGUCUGCAUGAGCGAUCUAUAGAUUAGUGUUCUAUUUUAUAUUGAAGAUUGAUGGUUGAAGAGUUUUAAUGUUAAAUGUUUAAAUGAUGAUAUCUUGUUGUUUUUUUUUUUUGCUAUAAUGAGUAAUCUACUCUUUUACUUUAACCGUAAUUUGAAAAUUGUAAUGUAUAUUGCACAAGUAUAGUUUGGUAAUUUUUUAUCUUUGAACUGGUUGGUAAAGUUCAGUUUCAGAGCUGUAAUUAUAUUACAUACAAUAUGAACAUAAAUGUUUUUAUUUAUAUUUCACAAGGUCAGCUACACUUCAACAUGUGUUUGUCUGAGCGACAAAAGAGAGUUCCCCACAUUCUCCCGCACUAUUCCCAGCGAUUUUUUUCAGGCCAAAGCUUUUGCUCAGCUCGUUAAACAUUUCGGAUGGACAUGGAUCGGAGCUAUUCAAGCCGAGAAUGAGUACGGUAUAUUUGGGGUUCAGUCUUUCACUAAAGAAGUUCUAAAAUACGGAGUUUGCAUCGCCUUCACUGAAAAUAUUUUAAGCUCCUAUUCGAGAGCUGCAGUACUUCAAAUAGCUGAAACUAUUAAAAGGACAGGAGUGAAAGUCAUAUUAGCAUUUGCUUCAGAAGAUGACCUGUACCCUUUAAUGCAGGAGAUUGUCAGUCAAAACAUAACUGGAAUACAGUGGUUAGGAAGUGAGGACUGGGUAACAGCAGCGAGACCCUCCACUGUAGAAAUAUUCAAGUCUUUUGGUGGCACAAUAGGGUUUGCAACUCGCAAGAUGGCGAUCCCAGAGUUCAAAGAUUUUCUCCUCAAUAUACGUCCGUCUCUCGAUUCUGCAAAUAACUUAAAUAAUGCAUUCUGGGAACACAUAUUUGAGUGCACUCUACGUUUGAAAGAGGAAUCCUUCCAAAAAAAUGUUUCAGAAACCAAGUCAAGGAUAUGCACAGGAGAAGAGAGACUAGAUGAAAUAGAAAACGCUUUAUUUGAUGUCUCACAAUUGAGAGUAACUUAUAUUGUGCAAAAAGCAGUGUAUGCUGUAGCACAUGCACUUCAUGACUUACUAUUCUGUAAAAAGGAAGAAAAUAAAACCAUUAGACUGUGUGGAGAUAUUGCAAGAAUAGAACCCUGGCAGGUCACUGAACAUAUAAAAAGAGUGAACUUUGUGAACCGUUUUGGAGAAGCUGUGUACUUUGAUGAGAACGGAGAUCCUCCUGCUGCCUAUGACAUUAUAAACUGGCAACUCAACAAAGGAGUGGUCAGCCAUGUGACAGUGGGUCACUUUGAUACAUCACCAGAUGGAGGCAGUCAACUAGUGAUUGAUGAGGACAGUAUUGUCUGGAGCACUGGGGAAGAGGUUCCAGCAGGAGUGUGUUCUGAGAGCUGCCCCCCAGGCACAAGAAGAGCAGCCAGGAAAGGCCAGCCCAUCUGCUGCUUCGAUUGCAUUCCUUGUGCUGAUGGUACCAUGGCAAACACUACAGGUGCAGCUGAGUGCAUGGAAUGUCCACAGGACUACUGGUCUAAUGAUGGAAAAGACAGCUGCAUCCUCAGAGAC